CGACGGUUCGCAUUCGGUCCCGAGAGGCUAAUAAUUAAACAGUCGUGGAUUCUUGGGAUCGGGUUGGCUGGGAUAAGCCAUUGAGUUCUGUGGUGGAAGUUUGCGCUGACAUGAGCUAAGAUAGCUUGGGGCGAGGGAUGUCGGAUAUCGGCAUGUAGCUCACACGGGAAUGUCCAUGUUGAAGAGUAAUAACAUGACCGGCUGCUGCUCUUUUUAAUUUCGCUAAUAAAAGAAUUUUUUAUUCAUCACAGAUUGUGAAGAAGUAGUUCGUUUUGAAAGAGCCUGCAACAUGUUUCGCGAUUUAUUGCUUCUCACUUCGCUCUUCAGCUUCACCCUCGCCCAAAGUGGAGCUGAUCCCUACGCCCCAGUCUACACGACAUGUCCCUCCUCCCUCAAGAUCCGCAACGCAUCAGAUGGCCUAUCCGAUGAAGAGUCAUCAUGGCGCGAACAGCGCGCCAAGCAGAUAAUCCCUAAUCUCGAAGAUUACCUCAAACUCGCCAACAUCACCAAUUUCAACGUCUCGAACUAUAUAAACAAGCUCAAGAGUGACGAUGUUCCCAUCGUUGGGCUCUCCGUCUCGGGCGGAGGCACACAGUCUGGUCUUGGAGGACUGGGAGUCUGGCAGGCGUUUGAUGCUCGGUCUGCUAUCGCGAGGGCUGCGAGAACGGGCGGGUUGACGCAGCUUUUCUCGUACAUCACUGGUCUAUCCGGCGGAGGCGCUGUCACCGUUUCUCUACUGGCUGCAAAUAAUUUCACCACAACGGACGGCGUCAAAAAAGCCUCCAACUUCUCCCUCGAUUACUCAUCCGGUCCAGACGGCAAUCAAACAGCAUUCUUCACAACCAUCUUCGAAAACAUGGGCGCAAAAGAUGAAUCCGGCUUCCCCGUCUCCGUCGCAGAUACAUUCGGUCAAUUCUGGGGAACUUGGCUCCCCGAGGACAAAGUAUACAGCAACUACUCCGACAUCGCCUCCAAGAACACCGCCUUUACUCUCGGCGACGCACCAAUGCCAAUCGUAUGCUUCGCAGAAGUCAUUCCCGGAAAGUCUCCUGAAAUCGGAAAGUUGAUGUAUCCCGGCUUCAACGAAUCUGAACGCUUCAACUUGACUGCGUAUGAAGUUACACCCUUUGAGUUUGGAAGUUGGGUUGGUGGCCGCGUUCAGGCGUUUAUCCAGACGAAAUUCCUUGGUACUUCCAUGUCAGAGGGGAAACCGCAGAAUAAAAGUGAAUGUGUGCAGGGCUUUGAUAAACUCACGCUCAUGCAGGGCACGACUGCUAAUGCAUUCACUGCAUGGUUUAUCGAUUCAUUUUAUGGAAUUCCAGUUUUUGCGAAGCGGUGGCUGGAGAAGAGACAGAAGGUUAACCCGGAUAUUAACGACAUUCCUAUCCCGAAGGAUCAGUAUGAUAAUCCACUGGUUCAGCUUACGAACAUGACGGCGGAGUACUUUGACUUGACAUUCAAUGAGUCGUUGUGGGCGACAUAUCCGAAUCCGUUUGAGGAUUACAAUGAGGAUAUGAAGGGUGUUUCGGAGCUUCUUUUAGUUGAUGGGAGUCUUACUCUUGAGAGUAAUCCUUUGCGUCCGCUGAUCAUUCCUGAUCGCAAACUUGACUUAAUCAUUGUUUAUGAAGCAUCAUCUGAUGCGCCCAACUCUUGGGUCAACGGCACCAAUCUCAUCAAUACCGCCCUCACUGCAUCCCAAGGCAACAUCCCCUUCCCCAAAAUCCCCGACGUAAACACCAUCGUCGCCCAAAACCUCUCUUUCCAACCAACAUUCUUCGGCUGCAACGCCUCAUCCUCCACCCCCCUCCUUCUCUGGCUCCCCAACGCCCCGUGGACCGGCUACACCAACUACUCAUACGCCCAAACCCAAUUCACAACUAAUCAAGUCGACAUUGCUCUUGAAAACGCAUUCCAGGUAGCCACGUACGGUAAUGGUAGUGUCGAUGAGAAUUGGCCUGCUUGCUUAGCUUGUGCGGCUAUAAAGGGUUCGUUGAGAAGAUUGGAUAUUGAGAUGCCGAAACAAUGUGAGCAGUGCUUUGAGAGGCAUUGCUGGAAUGGCACGACGAGUGAUAGGAAGGCUACGGCGGGGGAUUUUAAUCUUACGCCGAGAUUGGAGCCGGAGCUGAGCUUUGCGAAGUGGAAUGCGAGUGAUUGGGAGAAGGAGGAGAGUACGGGAAGUGGAAGUGGAGGGGAUGAUUCGGCCGGUGUCAAGGUUGGGAAUAAUAUGGUUGGUCUGGUUUUGUCGCUGAUCGCGAUGGCUUACAUGCUGUAGUUGUACGUUGCAAUGCUGCGAAGCGAUAUCGGUUGUAGGCAGUUCAUUAGUGAGCGCGCGUAAUGGCAGAAUAAUGGAUUAAUUGCUUCAUUCGAUGUAGCAAGCGCGAGAUUUGAACAGAGUGGAUUGAAG